CUUAUAAAUGUAUCUUCUUUCACACCAACCUAGUCUCAUACCAAAGAUCAUGGAAAGUCUCGCUCCUACUCAUCUUCUUCUUCUUCUCUUUACUCUCUUCACCUUCAUUGCCACAAUCAGUUGUACAGAGUCGAUAUCAAAUCCAAUACAAGACGAUAUACACGAUAUUGUUUGUUCAGUUCCAGGGGUAAACUGUGCGCAAGGAAAAUGCAAGUAUUCUAAUGACUCAAGUCACUCAAUAGAUGUGCCUGGUCUCGGACGUGUGGGUUUUGACUGCGACUGUAACCCUGGUUGGAAAAAGAUUCAGAUCGGCCCCUUUACCUAUCCAUCUUGUCUCAUUCCAGACUGCACUGUUAAUGUUGGAUGUGAUUUAUCUCCCCCACAACCUCCUCCUUUCCCUCCGCCACUGGUAAUACCACAAUGUGCACUUGUUUGGUGUGGUGACGGAACCUGCAUAGCCAACGGGACUAGUGGAUACAUAUGCCAAUGCAAUGAAGGCACAUUGAACAUGUUGGAUAAUCCACAGUUAGCAUGCUUGAAAACAUGCGCUUUUGGAGGAGACUGCAAGAAGCUUGGCUUCCCAUCCGAUGCCAAAUCAAAUGCUCCAAGCUCUCAAACAAUUGUAACUAUGAUGCUGUUGACAUCAAUCUUUCUGACAUGGAUUUGAAAAAGCUAGGAAUAUUGAAGCACAUAAUUAUUAAUCUUUCUCGGAAAUUCAUAUUACCCUGCCAUGCUCACAUGAUGGCCGGCCGGCCAUGAUUUGAUCAUUCUGUCCUUUUUUGGAUUUAUUUUGUUUUCUUUCGUUUAAAUAUUAUGGAUGCAACUACAGUAGCCAAUAGCUCAUGAAGAAGUAUUUGAAGAAAACUUUUACCAUGUAUCAUUAUAUCCAAGGCACAGAUUGAACUCCCAACCCCCUCUCGAUCUACCAUAAGGCCGGGUACCUUGCUGUAUAUUGUUUAUCAGAUGA